ACAUAACGGCGCGGGGCGGUAUGGGCUCGGGCCACCCCCUCCGCCCGGCCGCCCGCCCGGACUGUCGCGGCCCGCGGUGGCGACGGCGGCGGCAGCAAAGUUUCCCCGGUGUCGGCCCGGGGGCGCAUCCUCCCGUAACUGUCAAGCGCUGGCGGCGGAAAUGAUGAGGCGCUGGCCAUUUUCCGAGCCUGGGUUUCCUGCCUGAGCCCCGCUCGAGCUAGCGAACCGCGAGCGAGGAGCCGCCGCGCGGGAGAGGACGCGCCCGGGGCGGGGGCGCGCCCGCCCCCUCGGGAUUUCGGGGGGCCGGGGGCGCGCGACGCCAUGGGCCGGCCGGGCCCGGACCCCCUCUCUCUCAGCUUGGCCGCCCCACCUCGGUCUCCACCAUGAAUGGGCCAACCCUGCAGCCGUCCUCAGCCUCCUCAGGCUCCCUGGCUGCAGCCGCAGCCUCCUCAUCCCCCCGGGGCUGGAGUGAGUUCUGCGAGCUGCACGCCGUGGCCACGGCCCGGGAGCUGGCCCGACAGUACUGGCUCUUCGCCCGUGAGCACCCGCACCACGCGCCACUGCGCGCCGAGCUCGUGUCGCUGCAAUUCACCGACCUCUUUCAGCGCUAUUUCUGCCGUGAGGUGCGUGAGGGCCGGGCGCCAGGGCCACCAGGACCCCGGGCGACACUGGCGCGUGACUACCGGGAGACCCGUGGAACCCCGGCCAAGGCCGAGGUGCCCCCAGUCGAGACGGGCCCCCCCGCCCCCGCCCUCACCCUACCCAAGGCCCGCAGUUCCGAAGAGCUGGCCCUGCAGCGCCUGCCAGGUUCCUACUCCUUCCAGCACUUUCGCCGUAGCCUUCGCCACAUCUUCCGCCGCCGGUCUGCCGGGGAGCUGCCUGCGGCCACUGCCGCUGGUGCUGCUGGGGAGGCAGGUGAGGCCCCGAGUAGGCCCAGCCUGGCUAAGAAGCUUCUGCCCUGGAGUCUGGCUCGAGAGCCACCACCUGAGGCCCUGAAAGAGGGGGUGCUGCGGUAUAGCCUGGCCGAUGAGGCCUCCAUGGACAGCGGGGCACGCUGGCAACGUGGGAGGCUGGUGCUGCGCAGGGCCCCAGGCCCCGACAGCGGAGGCCCUGACCGCGUGUUGGAGCUCUUCGACCCACCCAAGAGUUCGAGGCCCAAGCUUCAGGCAGUCUGCUCCAGCAUUCAGGAGGUUCGCCAAUGCACACGGCUGGAGAUGCCUGACAACCUCUACACAUUUGUGUUGAAGGUGAAGGACCGGACAGACAUCAUCUUUGAGGUGGGAGACGAGCAGCAGCUGAAUUCAUGGAUGGCUGAGCUCCGGGAGUGCACAGGCCGAGGCAGGCUGGAGAGCAUAGAUGCAGAGAUGCACAUUCCCUCAGUCCUGGAACCCAGCACAUCCAGCUCCCCAAGGGGCAGCACAGAUUCCCUGAACCAAGGUGCUUCUCCUGGGGGGCUGUUGGACCCAUCCUGCCAGAAAACAGAUCAUUUCCUGUCCUGCUACCCCUGGUUCCAUGGCCCCAUCUCCAGAGUGAAGGCAGCUCAGCUGGUUCAGCUGCAGGGUCCUGAUGCUCAUGGAGUGUUCCUCGUGCGGCAGAGUGAGACCCGGCGUGGGGAGUAUGUACUCACAUUCAACUUCCAGGGCAUAGCUAAGCACCUGCGCCUGUCACUGACUGAGCGAGGCCAGUGCCGAGUACAGCACCUCCACUUUCCCUCCAUUGUGGACAUGCUACACCACUUCCAGCGCUCACCCAUCCCGCUCGAAUGCGGCGCUGCCUGUGAUGUCCGACUUUCCAGCUAUGUGGUAGUUGUCUCCCAGCCACCAGGUUCCUGCAACACUGUCUUGUUCCCUCUCUCCCUCCCUCGUUGGGAUUCAGAGUUGGGCCUUCCCAACCUUAGCUCUUCUGGCUGUCCCCGGGGGCUCAGCCCAGAGGGUCUCCCAGGCCGAUCCUCACCGCCAGAGCAGAUUUUCCACCUGGUGCCUUCACCCGAGGAACUGGCCAACAGCCUGCGGCACCUGGAGCCGGAGCCUGAGCAUCGAGCCUGGGACUCAGACUAUGAAAUGGACUCAUCAUCUCGGAGCCACCUGCGGGCCAUAGACAAUCAAUAUACACCUCUCUGAUCAGGGUGGAGUCCCAGGCCUCAACAGUUGCCCGGAGGAGCCUAAGCAGAGAUGUGAAUGUAAUCUUUCCUUCCUUCCAGAGAGAGAUUUAAGGGACACUGUUAACUGCUUGUUCCAGUUUGGAUGUGACCCUUCUAUUAGGCCUGUUAAAGGGCCUCCUGUAAGUUUCACCCAGCACCUGGCUUUCUCAUUGUUUACAGAUGUAGUUCUUGUUUGCCGAUGUGCGCUAGCUCCUGCCCUGUGUCCCUAAGACCAGAGCCCCAUCACUCUUAGAGGAAAGGGUGGGGUGAGGCCUGGACCUGGCAGUGGACACUUGUUCUCUUUUUCACUGACACUGUCACAGCUGAUGACAGACUUUCUACGGGAAGGGGAGGGGUCACCAGCAAGCCCAAAACACUAACAAGCCCUGGAUUCUCACACAGUGUUCCCAUUAUAGCUUCAGUCCACAUGGCAGGGCUGCUGUAUCCUUGCCAUAGAUGACCACACCUAAUCCUUCUUCUACUCUUAGCUUUAGGACAAAAACUGUCAGAGGGACAAAGGCUAAAGGUCAAAAAUGAUUUUAAACAUUUUACCUCAGAUUAAUUUUUUUAAAGGAUUCAGGUUUCAAAACUAAACCAUUGCUUCUUUCAUUGCACUGUUACCCAUGAGAUUUUUGUAGUCAGACAGCUAUGCAAACCCUACCGGACUGGUUCAUAGUCUUAGCCAGGAUGCCUGGCUUCCUUGUCUGUUGCAUCCUUGGGGACAGUCACCUGCUGAGGAGCCACUAUCUUUCCUCAAUGUAAUGAAGUGUGCCAUCCUUUCAGGGAAAUUCAAGCUAUUACUGAGAUAGGAGGGUGGCAAGGAACAGUCCUAUCCUGGUGCCUUAUGAAUAAAAACAUAGAUUGUGGUUUACAGCAGCUUUACAGCGAGAGUUAAAUUAACUGGAGUUUGGGGGCGGGAUGAACAAAAAGGGAAGAGGGGGCUCCUGGGCCCUUUCUAGUAAGUAAAUCCUUCAGCAACAGGGCCUUUCAGACAUCUAAUGGCUUAUUAAAUUAUCCCACAAGUGGGUUUUAGGUUCAUUUUUGAGCCAAAAUGGAAGCCAGGGAUCUGCUGCCAUAGCUAAUCAGAAAUUCUUUUAAUAGCCCACAAUCAGUGUUCUGUUCCAGCUGGUUACUACUUCAUUUGUGUCCAUGAACACAUGAGCACUCACAGUCUCCCCCAUCAAGGGAGGUCCUAAAGUCAAAUCUCCAUCUAUACUUGCCUUUCACCAAGUGAUACAAUUCAUAGGGGGGCUGGCUCCUCCCAGAACCUUCAUGUAGAAGCUUAGAAACAAGACAAGGCAGUGACAAGAGUGGACUCAGUUGCCCCUGGGUGCCAACAGAGCCAUUCAGUAUAGCCCAGCCAUCAGGCUCCCUAUAGUGGUUUCUAGGAAACUCGGGAGUUUAGUAUGGUUUAACAUUCACAUGUAUAUCACAGACCAAGAUGAAACAUGGGCCUAAAGGUAACAGUACUGCCUGCCUUACCUGGGGAGAAAGCCUGGCCUGUUCCCCUAAUUAUACUCCCAAGAAGUCACACUUUUGCUUCUAGAAUUUUCCAGGCUUUUUGGGAGGAGGUGGGGAAUCACCCACCUCUGUACCACUUUUAAACUUUAUGAACCAUAAAGUAGCUCUGACACUGAUCCAGUUUGUGGUCCAUUUUUAAGGCCACCUGUCUUUAUUUUCUCUAAAGCUGAUUCCUCUAGAAAAUGAAUGCUAAGUAGUAUGAACCAAAGAAGUAACGUUCUGGAUCUCUUUUUUAGAAAAGAACGCUCAUCAUAGAAAGUCAAUGCUGAUGAAUAAUUGGUCCAGAUUUUCUUGGCCAAGUAAAUGAUGAACCAAUUAAAUUCCUGCCCUCUAGCCAAAAGUUUCAACAUCUGCGACAUAGCAUCUUCAAGCCAGGGGAAUGCAUUUUCUUAGCAGCCUCUCAACAUUUCUCUCUCAGGUAGUGCCAAAGGCACACCAGGUACAUCAAAUUUAGCAGUUCUACCCACUAGUUGCCAAGUACAAGCUUGGAUUCCAUGGCAGAAGACUGGAAGUCACCCACCUCCAUACUGCUUCCUUUCUAAACAAGUUACCAGGACAGUGCAAAUACAUGAUGACAGAAAGCCCCCUCAUGGCCCUGGGAGGAAGUGACACUAAACCAAUGCCUGUUCUUUGUGUUUUCAGAGCAGGCCUAGCCGAGGAAGGGGUGGCAGCAGUGUGGGGCAGAACCCUUUGGCCACAGGUAGCCCCUCAGAGGCACAGCACAUUCCACCACUCUCCUCCCAGUUCUGAUGGGGCCAGGCCUCGGUGCCAAACUAGGUACUAGGCAUCAUAAUCCCUCCAGUUAGCUCUAAUUACAGACAAGUAUAGCUUGACAGUUUCCAGCACCAUCUCUCUUCAUCUGACUUUGUUAAACUUUUACAAACUAACAGUCACCAGCACCAAAGAAUUAAGUCAACUAACCUGCCUUGAAUUUUAGACCAGCAAUCCAUAUGGCUUUAUCUGGUAUAGGUCUUCUGCCUUUGAUCAUUUCUGGACCAUAUAGGAAAAAGGAAUAGUGAUCAUUAAAAUCUUGGGCCAGAGAACACUAUUUUUACAUAAGUUUCUUAACCUAAAAUCAAGGCCUCAAACUCUUCUGAGAGUUGCCUGAGGUUCCUUCAUGCUUUUUAUUCAGGGCUAAAGUCUCUUGUUGCAAAUGUCAUGUUAGCUCUAACAUCUCCCAUAGGCUAGAGGAACUUGGUAGAUUAUCCACUGAGUCUUAACAAGGACACAUCUGACAUCCAGUGUUUAGUUGAAAUACACAGCACAUUGUGGUAACAAAAGGUGGAUUCAUCUUGUAUCAUAGGCAGAAGGUAUUUGGCAAUUUUUUAUGUAUUGUUUAUGUACUGUACAAGUAACUUAUUCUUAAAUAAUGCAAAUUUUGCUAUAAUGUAUAAAAUGCUAUAUGUGAAUUAAAGGUUUUCAGAAUCUUGA